GUGAGAUAGAUAGCCACAAGUGCAACCAUGCUCGCUAAGCUCAUCUUCCUCGCCGUUGUCGCUGGCGCUCUUGCCCAGUUUAUUGAGGGACAGGAUCCUUUCUAUCCACCCCAGCCCUACCACUUCAGCUACGAUGCCGUGAACCCAGUGGAGGGUGGUCACCACUACCACGAGGAGACCAGCGACGCCACCAACUCGCGUACGGGCUCCUACGGCUACACCGACGCCUUCGGUAUUCAGCGUCGUGUCGACUAUGUCGCCGACGCCGGAGGCUACCGUGCCACCGUGACCACCAACGAGCCAGGAACCGCCGCCAGCGCUCCAGCCGACGCGGUCUACAACUCCCCCUACUCCCACUAG